AUGGCCGGCGUCUCGACGUCUCGCAUCUACGCUACUAUGCUCAUCCAGGAAGAGUCUACGAUGUUGAUCCCCAAGGACAUCGCCAACGCGAAGGCUGCAACUCGCUCUAAACUGCUUGCAAACAGAACAAGCAACGAAGCUCUGUUCAAGAUGUUGGACGAUAAAGGGUUCUACUACUGCUACGAGAUCGAUCCGGAGUCCAACCGCCUCAUCUAUUUGAUGUGGGCACAUUCUGCAACCACGAAGCUGAGCCGAGACUUCAUGGAUCUUUUGAUCCUAGAUUGUUUCUUAUAUGAAACGUUUGGCGACGACCAAACAAAGGACUCCAAACUGAAUUAA